AUGGCAGACUCAUCCUGGUCACUAAGUUCUAACUUCUCUCUUAUACAUAACCCUUCUUCCGUAUGGUCCUACGGCACAAAGCCUGCUGGUUAUCAAACAACUGGAAUAUUUAACUUACUUACGAACCAAGUUCAGGACUCAAAUGGAACUGGAAUAGUCGCUUGGUUUCCGGAAGAUGCCUCAAUCGGUAGCUCCUGGUUAGGUGUCUUUUAUAACCCCAAUCCAACAACUACUACCCUGGGUUGGGAUGCCAGUAAUAAAAUAUUUCCUGCUAAAAGUGUAUGCAUGCAUCCCAGCUCUCGUGGUGUUUUCUCUGUGGCAAGAUUUACUGCACCGACAAAUGGGAACUAUAGCCUAGACGUGACGUUCGCACAUGUCGAUGACAAAGCAACUACUAUACAUACAGGAGCUUAUAUAGUUUAUAAUAACCUUGAGAUGCUUUGGGAGACAGAUUUAGUCGGCAUCGGAGACUCAGAUUCGUUCAAGUCAAUUGAUAGUGGAUUUGCUGUAAGGGAAAAUGAGACAAUCGAUUUCAUUGUAGGUGUUGGCUCAGAUGCUACAUUCGUAAAUGAUAUGACUCUCGCUCGUGUGGAUAUUCGUUUAUUGGUUGCAACUUCAACAACUGAAAUCCUCCCGAAAAACACAAAUCCAACAAAUUCAAUGACUGGAAUCCUCCCGACUCCAACAAAUUCAAAUGGAAAUCAAAGUUCAAUAAAAGUUGGAAUUAUUAUCGGAUCACUCGGAGUUUCAUUGAGUCUCAUUAUGGCUGUUAUUCUGGUAUAUUUCUACUACAAAUAUCGCAAGAAUAUGGAAUAUCAACAAAGAAAUAUGGUCACAUCUGGAACUGAUCAAGAGGUCAUUGAAAGAUAA